AUGGCGGCCGCCGACAUGGAAAACUGGGACGACGACGCCGAUUUCCAGGGGGAGUUCCAGGCAUUCGCUGCCCAGAGCACCGGCACUAACCACAGCAUUUCUUCGCGGGUCAGCGUACGGUCAGAGUCUGCAGCGGGUGAUGAGGAUUGGAACGUCGUGAUCCAGCCCAACGACGACAUCAGUACGAACCAGGCCAUUCAGUCCGCCAAACAGGCCGGAAUUCCACUGCCCGCCAACGUGCCCUCCAGUGCCCUCCUCGGCGGCACGAUCAAGCGACUCGGCAAGAAACCAUCCAAACAGCGAGUGGGAGAUGACUGGGACAAUGAUUUGGAAAUCUCGGAGCAGCCACUGCAAUUGAAACCCCGUACAGAGCAAGACACUGCUGCGUUUUCAGACGAAAACAUGGAUGACUUUGACGAUCUAGAAGGCAGUCUUGGGAUACGCUUCGCUGGCACGAGGCGGGACGUGAGGGAUCGAAGUGAGACGGCCUCGAUGAUCAGCCCAAGCCUGGGCUCUGCGACAGCAGAGAGUGAUGUCGACGAGUUUGGUGGCCUUGAGCUUCCCGACGGGCCCAUGGAUCUGGAAGCCAUGCUGAAGAAGAGACGAGCUGCCGAGGCUGAGCUAUCGGACCUGUCCCAGCCCAACUCUGCAAUCAUAGAGCAGCCGGCUACCAUGAAGGCUCACAAAAAGUCCAAGAUGCACUCCCAAGAUGACAACGACGACUUUUCCAAUGAUUUUGACUUUGCAGGCGCCGACAUUCUCGACAUUAGGAAACGUCCGAAUAAGAACAUUCAAGUCAAGUCCAACAAGUCCAUGCCCGUAACCCAUCGACCCUCAACUACGCUCAACUUCCAUGACAAGCCUACCGACAAACCAGUCUUCAAUAGAUCACACAUCCCCCGCCCGGUAUCGGGCACGAAGCAGUACUCGAGACUUGAGCCUGUAUUCGAGAGCGGAGCACCUMAAGCCAUUCGAGAACGACGCCAUCCUACCACCACCAGUGCACAGCUGCUUCGCUCUAAGCGUUCGAUGCCGGCUUUGCGCAACAAAGGUAGUAAUGGCUCGUUCCCCAAGCCCUCUGCGCCAUUCCUGCCCGCAGGUGGAUCAAACUAUCAGUCGCAUCAAAGGGCAAUGCCAUACCACAUGAGACGAGAUUCAGACCCUAACAACAGACAAGGAGCUCAAUCGCCGCCUCCUCGUCCCCAUUCUCGACUGUCAAACCAGAUUACCCCCGAUACUCCUUCGCGUGCAUCAAGACAUCGGGAGAAUGUAGCGCCAGCAUCUCUUGCACGAGAGGCUGCAUCGAAACGAACACUGACCAGACCUGCAAAGAAGCGCAAUUUUGGAGAUGGUUCCGAGCUUGAGAUCUUUGACGAUCUUCCAACCUCAACUACCAAGGAGAGCAAAUUUGUCAAGCAGCCCAUCGCCCGCGGUCCACCAAAGCAGAGCCUUCGGAGGACUCAAAGUCGCAGCGACUUUCGUUUCCCCGUCUCCAAGCAAAACGCCGCCAUACCGGACAGAAUGAUGACACCGGCACCUCAGACACCUUCCAGCCCCACCAAAGGCUUCCACGACGUGCAUCAAUCCACGCCGAGCUAUCUUCGCGAUACUGCUGCAAGUAGAAUUGCCAGAGAGUCGCGGAUUGGUAACACCCAGCGACCAAGAAGCGAGGGUCCACUCCAGCCACUUAUGACGAAUUGGAAAGCGCAAGUGGCUGCACGGAGCCCAUACUCCAGCCCGAGCGCUCAACGACAAAAGAACAAGAGACCUGGGUUAAUUUCGGGCAUCGGCUCCCACAUACCGAAGUGCGAGAAGGGCAUGGUUUACAACCCCCAGACUCUCCGAUGGGAGGGCAAYGAGAACACGCUAUCCCACUUUGAUGUGCCUCCGAUGGAAACGCCGACGCCGGACUCGCACGAGCAGGCAUCAUCAUUCAUGGAUCGACGCUUGGGGUCUCCCACUCGUCCGGCAUUGAUCGCGCAGGUGCCGACCAGCAACGGGCACAACGUGCAAGUCCAAAAUGGUAUGGUCUACGAUCCACAGCAGAUGAAGUGGUUGAAGUUCAAGGGGGGUCGAGAUGUGUCUGGACAGCUCUCACCGUCUGUGACCGAUGCGGAUGACGAGGAGGAUGCAUUCGCGGGGAUUGAAGACUUGAGAGACGAGAACACGCCUCUCGCGCUGGUGAACAGCUCGGGUGGUAUGGCCAGCCCCGUUUCGGUGGCCGCUGCCGGUGUUGGCGAGGUUCACGAGGAGUUUGACCUUGGCCCACGAUUCAUUCAACUCCAGCGGGACGAAGAGACGGCGUGGCGGCGAAAAUGCGAAAGCUGGUUCUCGGCCGGCAACUCGAGACCCGACGAUGGGAGAUGGCGUUGGCAAAUCAGAGACAUUGUGCCACAGGAUCUGAUCGGCUUCUAA